UACUACUACUACUACUACUACCAAAUCUCAAAUCUAAGCAAUGAAUGUUAUUGUUGCUUUUAUUCUAUAUUGUAUAGAUUUAAAAAAAAUUUAAUAUUACCCAUUACACCCAUUACAGACCCAUUACAUGUUUAUUAAUACCCAUUUUUUCUAUUCUUUUUUUGUAAUUAACCCUAGGAAAUCAAUCACAUCGUUUGGUGUUCGAUCGAUUGAAUCUAAUGCAUGGACGAUGGGACAACAGUCGUCAAUACAAAUAUUUUGACUUUGCUGUCAUUGGAAAUCGUUUUGAUGAGUUAACGAAAAAGUACAAAGUAUGCUUAGCAACACAAAGUUCAUUAGAACGUUUAUAUUCGUUGGUAAGUGUAGCAAAUCGUUGGACUGGUCCAAUUUCGUUGGCUGUGUUCGUUGCUGGAGACGAUGAACUCUAUUUGCUACAGCUCUACUUAUCAUAUUUACAAAAUUGUUUUGCUCCAAUACGCGAUGCGGUCACCAUUCAUUUGGCCUAUCCAAUUAAACGUGCACCAAAAAUGGUGCGCAAAUUUUUAAAAAGUGAUUAUACUAAUUUUGUAUGCGAUCAACCGGAGCUAACGUUAAAAAAACUUAUGAAAUUUCGCACCACCGAUACGAUAAAAUGGCGCCUAAAAAAUCCCUAUCCACAAAAUCACUUGCGAAAUGUGGCUCGCAAAGGUUGCCAAAGUGAUUAUAUUUUUCUAACUGACAUUGAUAUUAUACCGAGUAUCAAUUUCACACAAAACCUAGACAAAUUUUUACGUAAAACACAAUGCUCAAAUAAUAAUGCGAAAUGCGCUUAUGUGGUGCCGACAUAUGAAAUUGACAAUCGUGCCAAAUUUCCACAUACCAAAACCGAUUUACUGCGACUGUCGAAACGCGGUCUAGCACGACCAUUUCAUCAAAAAGUUUUUAUCUACAACCAAUAUGCCACGAAUUUUUCGAAAUGGGAAGCAACCGGUGGUUCUGCACAAGAUGAAACCAUUAUAAGUCACAAUGUGACAAAUUUUGAAUUUUUGUACGAACCAUUUUAUGUUUCAACUGACGCAGUACCACCGCACGAUGAACGAUUCUUAGGAUAUGGUUUUACACGGAAUACUCAGGUAUAUGAAAUGUUUGUGGCUGGCUAUCAGUUUCAAGUGCUGACACCGAUAUUUACGUUACAUAACGGUUUGCAAAGUAAAAAAAGUCGGCCCGCUUGGCGUGAACGACAAAAUAAUUUGAAUCGCAAACAAUUUGAAGUCUUUAAAAAGGAAAUCUAUGCACGAUACCGGCGUGAUCCAUUGCAAAUGCUGCAGCCGAAGAAACCUCCUCAAACAAAACAAAAAACUAAAGUCUAAAUUUCUUGACCAUUAAUUGAUGUUCAUUUAACAAUACAACGACAAGAACUCAUUAGCUGUAUGGCUGAUUCUUUUCUUUUAGUUUUUUUUUAUAGUAUAGUUCUGUUUGUGUAAAAAAAUGCUUUUUAUUCAUUUUGCGUGUAAAGUUUGUUCAUUGUUUCGAUCGACAUCGCUCAAUUAGUCAAAAUGAAUCUAGUCAAUGAAAAUAGUGCGAUAAUUUUAUGAAUAUUGAAAAAGAGACUAAUUUAAUUACCAUAUCAGAUAUACUUAUUUAAUUCAUUCUAAUAAUAAUUUAAACAGUUUACACGGUUCUAGAUAAUAUAGCAAACA